AUGUCAUCCGAGGCAACCAAUGUCUUUCGAGAAGAGGUCAAUAACUUCAUGCGGUUUCUGCAGUUCAAGGGGUCUGAGAAAGUCAGGCCAAACCCUGUUUUCAUAGCAGUCAUGGGUGGGCAUACAGUACCAGGCUAUCUUAGAGAUACGAAUCGAUCUGACUUGGAAAUACUGAAAACUAUUUCCAACUUUUUUUCUGUAGCGUACGCAAACAGGAACUAUCUCAACGGGUUGAUCUACUUGCAUCAAAUAUCAGAUCCACGACUGGGGAGGACAAGACGAUUCAAUAUUGAAAUGCUCAAAGCUCUCAGCGGCGAAGAUGCCUUUCGCAACAUAGCUAUCGUGACGAGCAUGUGGACACCUGACGAGUCGAGCACGGAAUGGGUCCAGCAAGUUGCACGAGAAGAACAACUCAAAGAGGAGCAUCUGGCGGAGAUCCUCGACGGGAAAGGUCUCCUUAAGCGGCUCAAGAGCAGAGACAGCUCCACGAUCGACGUGGCAUCUGCAAAACGCAUCUUCAAAGAAGCAUUCGAGUACUGGAAGAACGACGAGAUUGCCCUCUCCAUCCAACAUGAACUUGUCAACGAGUUACUGCCCCUCAAUCAGACCGUUGCUGGGAAGAUGCUAUCCCGCCAUCUAGACGAGACAUAUCAGUAUCAUGAGGUCAAAAGAUCCGGGUUAAGUGCGACACUUGAGGAAACCCAAGUUGGGAACGAAGGAUCAAGCCCUGAGCAAGAACAAGACACAGAUACUAUCUUGAAACAAAUCCGCGCCGACCAAAGUGCCAUGCAGAUUUCACUCUUCGAAAUUCAUUCUGAUGAGAAGGAGCAUUUCAUGGCAGAUAUUGAGGCCAGGGAAUCACGUUGGCGCCAGGAGCUUGCAUCAAGGGAACGUGAACAGGCUCUCCGCGAACAAGUUCUCUCAGAGAUGCGUGCCGAAGCGCUCAACCGAGACGUCACCAUCGCCGAGCUCCGCCGACAGCAACUAGAAGCCGUUUCCCAGCGCCGAGAAGAAUCCAACGCACAAAGGCAACAGCUAACAAUAUUCGCCCGAGAACAGGACAGAAGAAUCCAAUGGGAGACACGAUACCACGCUCAGUUAAUGCAGCAGGGCCAGUGGCGCGAGGACGCCUACAAGGCGGAGCUGGAACGGACAAGAAAGGAGCUGGAGCAGCUAAGAGCCGACAUUGAGAAGAGGCUGGAGACGGUGAACAAGGCAAAACGGGCGUGGGUUGGGCCCCUGCUUCAGGGACUGGCAAGCGGUGGAUUGGCAUUAACGGGGUCGAUAAUCUCGGCGGGUGCGUUCGACUCUUACCCUUUUGCAGGCUCCUCGCAUGCUCGAUUCGCUAACAGUCCUGCAGGAAUGUUGUGUGUCGUGCAAUAA